AUGGUUGAAUUAAUUGGUCUUGUAGGCACUCUCAUCGGCAUCGUUCAGGUAUGUGGUAAGUUGGUGUCGGUGUGCUAUGAUUACCGCAUGGGCGUCCGAGAUGCGCCCCAAGCUAUCUCUCGGAUUGUGGACGAGGUCGCCAGUGUUGGGUACAUCGCACAGCAACUAGUGAAGGCAAUUGAGUCCGACGAUGCCUCUUCUUUGCCUUCUUUGCCGUCUUUGCAGGCGAUAGAUGGGGAUGGUGGUACUCUCCGCAGUUGCUUGGUCGAAUUGCAGGAUCUGAAAGCAAGCUUAAAACUGGCAAAAACCUCCAGUUUGAGGCGUGCUCUGACGUGGCCGAUGCAACCUGUAGAUGCGGAAAGAAUGUUGCAGACCCUUGCGACCACCAAGAGCACGCUGCAAUUGGCAUUGGCGGCUGAUAAUACCCAAAACAUGGUAAUAAGCCACACCCGGUCGUUGCCGAGCGUUGAGAAGAAGGUUACUGGACUAUCGGAGAGUGUGGCUCAAUCUGACGAGGGCCGUGAAUUAGCUGAAAUUCUCAGCCAGCUCGGUGGACGCUGUCAAUCAGCCAAGCAAGAUGAAGAGUACCAAAAGUGUGCUCCAGCUACUGGUGACUGGCUUUUAAAUACAGAGCAAUACAUGAAAUGGAAAAUCAACCGCAACCAUGUCUUGUGGGUCAAGGGAGCCGCUGGAUGUGGUAAGACCGUCCUAUGUUCGAGGAUUAUUAAGGAUCUUCAGGACCACUGUGGUGGGGAGCAAAGUAGCAGCCUAUGCCAUUUCUUCAUGGAUUCAUCGGAAGAAAGAGGAGUCGACAUCAACCGCGUGUAUGGAUCCUUCGUCAGGCAGCUGAUUCAUCAAGGAGCAACCAUUCCUCGCUUUCUCCCGAGGCCGUGGAGGAAUUAUAAAAGCCCAUCCGACGAACAGCAUUCAGUUUCAUGGAAGUGGUUAUUGAAUGACCUCUUGUUGCAGUUCGAGCAUAAUUACAUUGUUCUCGAUGGUCUCGACGAAUGCGAAGAAUACCUGCAGAAUGGAGUUCCCGAGCUUGCAAAUUUCGUUAAGGAGAUGAUGGAACAAACAAAAGGACAACAGCAUUUAAUUGUGUUCAGCCGAAACUUGGAGCAACUUCGACACGCUUUCGAAGGCCUCAGGAUCUCCACCGUUACAAUUGAUGACUCAACAGUAAAUUUUGAUAUGCAGACAGCACUACGACACCAGUUCUCGCAUCAGGGCAAACUUGCCCGGUGGCCAAUAUCGUUGAAGAAGAAGAUUGAAGAGAGCCUCCUGGCCCAAGCCAAUGGCUCAUUUCGUUGGAUGGACUGCCAGCUGCAGACACUGCGACGGUGUGCCACACCACAGGCGGUACACAAAGCUCUCAAGGAUCUACCAAAGUCACUGGAGGAACACUACACCAUGGUAAUCGGCAAGCUUGAUGAGAGCAACCGCAUUCCCGUGAAGAACCUUCUACGCUGGGUAGCCUUUGCUCUUCGGCCGCUAUCUCUAGAGGAAAUCACAAGCGCCAUGGCUAUUAAUGCCGAUAAUGAAGUUAAUCCUUUCUGUGACGAGGACUUAGUGCUUCUCGACCCAGAAAGCUUCAUUGAUUCCUGCUCCAGUCUUGUCUCGACUUACUGCCGUGGGGACGAAUCGAGUGGCACCCAGGGUGUAUAUGUCAAGCUAGCCCACUUCACCGUUCGCGAGUUCCUCACUUCUGAUGCAAUCUUGCGAGGCUCAUGCUCCGACUUCUUCAUGGAUGCGAGAUCGUCUCAUGCGGUCCUGGCUAACUGUAGCCUUGCGUACUUUCACCAUGCGGUUCAGUCUGCCGCCGGCGACCCCUGGACUUAUCCCCUGGCAUGCUAUGCAGGGCACUUUUGGAACGAGCAUAAAGAUCGUUCUCAAGGCGCUUGGCAAUACCUUGAACUAGAGACUAUCUUACUGGAUCUCUUUAACGACAAUGGGCCCUAUUUUGGGCUAGUAUGGAGCAAAGUGGCAAAGGUUGACCGACCGUGGCUGCGGGAUGAACCGAGCGACACCAAUGACUAUACAGCAUUAUAUAACUCUUCCUACUGUGGUCUUACACGAGUGGUAAAAGCAAUUCUCAACAAGGGUGCGUCGCCAAAUGUCUCCGGCGGCUUUUACCACCGUCCAUUACAAGCAGCCGCAUUCAUGGGCCACCUGGAAAUAGUUCAGUUACUGGUAGACGCAAAGGCCGAAGUCAAUGCAAAAGGGGGUGCGCUAAGUACGGCACUUGUUGCAGCAGCUGCUCAAGGUCAUUCAGAUGUCGCCAUCACGCUGCUAGAAGCUGGUGCCAAUGUCAACUUCCCGAAUCCACGGACUUUUGGCCGCCAAAGGUCGGAUCCUCUAUUUCUCGCUGUCGCGAGAGGUCAUCUACCUGUCUGUGAGAUUCUGCUCAAUUACGGAGCUGAGGACUACCACGACA